AUGCGCAGUGAAGCUAAUAUCACUCGUCAAUCGAAUAGGAAGAUUCCGUGGCGCCUCUCCCAACCCCAGAAGGCUCGUCAGAGGAAGCGCCUCCGUGGCGUUGAUCGGGUUGUCGACACUGUCUCCGCCGCGCUGGAGCGCAAUGGAUACACCACCAAGGCCGUCGAGCGCUGGUACAGGGAAAUGCCUCGCGAGGAGGAGAUGCUGCCCAAGGACAAGUACACACUGUUUGACAAGAAGGAGAAGAAGUACCGCAAGGGCAUUCACAAGCUACCGAAGUGGACCCGUGUCAGCCAGAGAGUGAACCCCCCGGGUUUCUAA